GUCUCACGAAACCCCUGAUAAUAAAUACCCCAGCGCACCUCUUCAGGACACUUCAGUUCUAACUAAGAGAGAGCUGAAACAGACGCAGGAGAGAAAGAACCAAGGAACUUUGUAGUUGAAAUGGCAGCAGGCAAAAGCAAACACUGGGUUCUCCUGGCAGCGGGUUCUACAGGUUGGACAAACUACAGGCAUCAGGCCGAUGUGUGUCACGCUUACCAAGUCAUGCACCAGAAUGGGAUUCCAGAUGAUCAGAUGGUGGUGAUGAUGUAUGACGACAUCGCUAAUCAUAUACGUAACCCUGAUAAGGGUAAAAUCAUUAAUGUACCAAAUGGACCUAAUGUUUACACUGGGGUUCCAACGGACUACACUAAAGCGGAUGUUACAGCUGACAACUUUCUUGCUGUACUGCGUGGAGAUUCAUCUGCUGUCAAGAAAACAGGAGCAAAAAAAGUCAUACAAAGUGGUAAAAAUGAUACUGUGUUCAUCUACCUAUCAGACCAUGGAGGUCUUGGUAUCUUCAAAUUUCCAAAUUCUACACUUUAUGCACAUGACCUCAUUAACACAGUGACAGAAAUGUCAAAGGCAGGCAAAUUUUCAAAGAUGGUGAUUUAUAUAGAAGCGUGUCGUUCUGGAUCAAUGCUGGAUCAGUUGAAGGACAACAAAGUUUAUGCAGUUGCAGCAUGCAGUCCUGUUGAAAAAAGCUAUGCUUGUUUCUAUGACAAAGGAUUAAACACUUUUCUUUCUGAUGUCUUCACUGCUUACUGGCUACAUCACACUGAGACUGUAAAACUUACCAUGACUUCAUUUGGAGAUCAGUUUUCCUACCUGAACGAAAAAGUCAGUGACUUUGCGAGACGUACUAAAAAGUCUCAGACGCCUUGUAACUACGGUAACAUGAACAUAUCUAAAAUAAUGUUGAGUGAAGUCCUUUGUAAAUCACCCACCCCUGUCACAAGAGCCGGACCAGUCCCACCUACUGACUUCACAGUGACUGACCUGAUAGACACCAUAGAGAUUCCACUGCUAAUAAAAAAAAACAGGAUUACAAAUGAAAAGGACGCUGAAAAAAAAAAGAUCCUGGAAAGACAAUAUGAUGAUCUUAUACGAAAGAGGAAGACUAUGGAUGAAGCACUGCAGAAGAUUGCAGAGCAACUGAAAGCCCCACAAACUCUGAGGGAAAAACGUGAGGUGACUCGUACGUACGAGCUCAAAGUCGUGGCUGAACAUUUUAAGAACAAUCUCUUCAGCUGGGAAAAGGAGCCGCAUGUUGUCACUCAUCUACAUCUCCAGGUUCUGGUGAAUCUGUGUGAGUCUGGGCUGAAUGUUGAGAGCAUCAACAAAGCCAUUACUCGUGUGAGCAAGGAGAUUUCUUUCUAAAGAAAACACAAGAAUUCAGUCAUCUGAUUUCAUUCUCUUUUUUCUUUCAAUAUCAUACUGAUGUCUUUCAGAUUUUUGAUUUUGGGGAACAAAGGAUCAUCCUGGUGUAUUUGUAAUGGAAAAUCAUGAGUCAGUUUUAAAUAAUUAUUAAAAAUUAAAAAUUAACAAUUUAUGAAAUUUAUUUGUUAAAUUUGUUGCAUAUUUAGCAACAACACAGUUAAAGUACAGUACAGAAUCAUGUGGCACAUUUUACCAUCUAGAAUUUAAGUCUAACAAUUUUCCAUCACUAUAUUAAUCUUAGGGUUUCUGACUAUGCAGAUUUGUAGGUUAGUAAAGUUUCAUCAUGUGUAAUAGUACUGACAGUGAGAGCUCAGUUUAAUCUUCAUUUGAUUUGUUUAUUAAAAUGAUUCUACAGCAGUGUGCUGCAGUAACACUCCUGACCACUGGGGGAUUCCCUUGUUUUUCUUCUUUAUUUGCUUGUGUUGAUUUUAAUUGUACCCAAAUCUAUAUGAUUGUGAUGAUUUACAUAUUAUAACUGUGUGACAUGUAAAUGUGUUGUUCUUUGAAUAUGAUCACUAAGAAGACGUCCUACUAUAUGUUUGAUCUAUCAUAAAGUGUACUGGUUCUUAAA